GUCAGUAAGAGAGAGAGAGAGAGACACACACACACACAGAGAGAGAGAGAGAGAGAGAGAGAGUGAGGGCAGCGCUCUCCGACUCCAAAACAUUUACGCACCGCACCAGGAUUCAACCUCUCAUCUUUACUUACACCCAACCCAACCCACCCACCGACUUCCACCACCGCGUGUCCCCUCCACGGAGCAGAGGAGAAGUCCGCACACGGAGCUCGCCGGGGGCAGCCUCGGCUCCCAAACCAGCGCGCUGUGACCGCGGUGAGGAAUUAAAGCGGGAGAGAAAGAGGAGGAGGAGGAGGACGGGAAGUUUUAUUUGUUUUUCCUCGUGGGGAGCUCAGUCAGGGCGCACCGGGACUGAAAUCGACCCACAAUACUCGGACAUCAGGAACUCAGCGCUGAAGGUGAAGUUUCGGACUCUUUUUCCUCCCCAUCAGGAGAGGAGAGGGGCGGCCUGACCCCUGAAGGCUGAGAUCCGAAAUCCCAGGUGGCUUAAGAACACAGACUUUCUGAAUGGUUGAGCCCAGCCCUCCGGCGCUGCACCUCCUCUCCGGCGGGGAUGUCAGCAUGGCGGCUGUCGGUGUCAAAGUGGAACAGGAGGAGUCUGGCGGAGCGGUCGGAGUCAUCACCAAUGUGAAACCUCCCAAGACAUCUCCCUCGUGCGACUGGUCAGCCAAUCAUCCGCUGGAGGCCCGCCAGCUGACCCCUCCGCUCUCUUGCUCCCCAUCGGAGGGCUCUCCAGGUAAAGAGCUGCCUCACAGGCAAAGCCCCUGGCUGAAGGAGGCCAGGACACAUGACCGACCAGAAGGACAGUCGAACUUCAAGGAAGUAAUGCCCACCAUUGAGAAGCUGCUGAAUGUCGACUGGAAGGAGAAACUUCUGGAUAAAAGCUCAGGGUGGGCAGGACAACUGAAAGGAACCCCGGAGUCCCUGGCAGAGAAGGAGCUCCAGUUGUUGAUGAUGAUCAACCAGCUGAGCGGUCUGAGGGAGCAGCUCCUCGGGGCUCACUCGGAGCAGAGGAACAUGGCCGCCCUGCUGCUGGAGAAACAGCAGCAGCAGAUGGAGCUGGCUCGACAACAGCAGGAACAGAUCGCCAAGCAGCAGCAGCAGCUGAUCCAGCAGCAGCACAAGAUCAACCUGCUCCAGCAGCAGAUCCAGGUGAACAUGCCCUACGUGAUGAUCCCAGCUUUCCACCCCAACACGCAGCCCCCGCAGGUCACCUCUGAGUCCCAGAUGACCCUACCCCUGCAGCCGAUCCCCUGCAAGCCAGCCGUGGACUACCCCAUGCAGCUGCUGCAGAACCCUCACCCCACCUCUGUCAAGAGGAGCAGUGGAUCCUUCAGACAGGAAGCCAGUCAGCCCUUGAACCUGACCUCCAAGCCAAAGGGGCUGGAGCUGGGGAAAACACCUAGUCCGCAGGGCCUGGAGCUGGGAUCUCUGGGGAUGCACGGGACCUACAGACCCAGAGACCAUCAUAGAGAAGUGAACCACAGCCCGUCUCGAUCUGCCCUCAGUUUCCUCGGAGAUGGAGAUGUGGUCACUCAGGCCAUCCACGACGCCCAACUGCUCCUGAGGAACCACAGCGCAGGAGGACGAGAGAGGGAGAGAGAGAGGGACAGCGGGGGAAAGAUGGAGUAUAAAAGUUCUUGCAGCGAGAGAAUUUCUCACUCAGAGCGGCGUGAAGACAGUCAAGGCCUGCCGCCCACCGAGGACCACCUCAGCAGUGACUCUGAGGGUGCCCUGCCCGUCUCGGUCGCAGGCAGCUAUGCCGAGGCCCGGCCCCCUCCCUCCUCGGGCCACAUCAAGAGGCCGAUGAAUGCCUUCAUGGUGUGGGCCAAGGACGAGCGCAGGAGGAUCCUGCAGGCCUUCCCUGACAUGCACAACUCCUCUAUCAGCAAGAUCCUGGGCUCCAGGUGGAAGUCCAUGUCCAACCAAGAGAAGCAGCCUUACUAUGAAGAGCAGGCGAGGCUGAGCAGGCAGCAUCUGGAGCGCUACCCGGACUACAAGUACAAACCCCGGCCCAAGCGGACCUGCAUCGUGGAGGGGCGGAGGCUGAGGGUCGGCGAGUACAAGGCCAUGAUGAAGAGCAGGCGGCAGGAGCAGAGAGCCACCUACACACACAGUCAAACAGAACCACAGCAGAUCCACUAUUCCCACAGCGACGGUCAGUACCCGGUCACCGCCGGCUCAGUCUCCGUGGCCAUGCCUUUUCACCCUGCGUUGUUGGAGCACUACCUGCCACAGGUGCCCGCGGCGCCACGUCGAGCGGAGGGCCAGGCCAUGCCCACCUCCCUACCCAGAGAGCGGGAGAGGGACAGAGAGAGGGAGCGGCCGCUGUACAGCGAAGGAGAGGAAAGUGAUGGAGGAGAGAGGAGUGAAGGGGAACUGGUGCUCCUGACAGACUGA